GCCGGGGCGGGUGUGGGCUGAUGGAGUCGGCCGGCGGCGGUGGCUGCUUCUUGUACUAUGCGUACGGCAGCAACCUGCUGCGGGAGCGGCUGCUCCUGAGCAACCCCUCGGCGGCGCUCUGCGCCCUGGCACGCCUGCAGGAUUUUAAGCUCGAGUUUGGCCAUCAUCAAGGCAGGACAAGUUCUGUCUGGCAUGGAGGUACAGCUACCAUUGUUGAGAGCCCUGGAGACGAAGUGUGGGGAAUAGUGUGGAAAAUGAACACUAGCAAUUUAAGUUCACUGGAUAAGCAAGAGGGAGUUGAAGAUGGCAUUUAUGUCCCAAUAGAAGUUAAUGUCCACACUCAAGCAGGAAAGGUACUCACCUGUCGAAGCUACCAGAUGAAGGACUAUGUCUGUGGUCCCCCUUCUCCUCAGUAUAAAAGGAUACAUCAUCAGUACAUCACAGGACUUCCAGCAACAUUGCAGAGCACUGCAGGGUUCCCACUUGAUGGCUGGUUAUCUGCAUGGGUGCAAAACAGAAUGGCUUGCCAGCUGACUAUCAGAAGAAAUUAGAAGCUAUUGAAACUAAUAACUAUGCAGGGCCAGUGCCAAUCAUGGAAGAGAUUGAAGCUGCUAUUAAAGCAAAGAAGAUAAAUUCUGCAUAGAAUACCUCUGCACUUGCUUGGCCAUUCACCUUGAUUUAGAUACCUCCUCACUGUGCUGAUCAGCAGUUUCUUUAUUUAUCAAGAAAAGAUGAGUUUGCUGUGCAUCUACAGUAAGCAUAUUAGACAUAAUUUGCAGUCUGAAGACACGCUGACAUUGGUGACUUCUUCGCUUUGUAUGUAUAACUUGAGUACAUGCUGAAGUUUUUGCAGACUUAGAAAUUAUCUUUCUGUAAUUGUCAUACAGUGCUGCAUGCAAAUUUGUGCUUUGUAUCCUGUUUACUGACCUUUUUAAAAGAAAAAGGCCAUCUUGAGUGUUGGCAUCUGUUGCCUUCUGAGGAGUAAGGGCUGCAGGAUUAGGCCCUUUGUUCUUAAAUGUUGUAUACACAAUUAUCAAGAAUUUCAAAUAUUUGUUAGAUGCAAAGUAGACUCAGAACUCUAAACCAAGACUAAACUUGUUCCUCCACUGCUUCUCUUAAUGGUUUAAAGCCCAACCUCUGAAGCUAUGGAGUUCCUGUUUCUGUUUACAUAGUUAACAAAGAAAGAAAAGUAAUAUUUUUUUAACUGUCUCUGUGUUUUUAAGUGUUAGUCCAAAAGGCAACCCAGGCCUGAAGACAACAUCCAGCAAAGGAUCUCAUUCAAAGCAUAAUGGCCUCAUCCUUCCUAUGUCUAGUAGGCAAACUGGUUGGGUAUAACCAACAGAUUUUAAGGAAUUCAUUUUAGUUAGAUGAUUCCAAAGUUUUUUAAACUACCUUUUUGACUGGCUUGUUGCUUAUCUAGGCCUUGGUCUCAUGUCCAGUGAAAUCAGGAAGUUCUCCUGUGAGUCCUGGCGCAUUUGUUUAUUGAUUUUGUUUGUCUGUCAAACUCCAGAUGAACAGAUGUGGCCUCUUUUUCUACAGCUUUGACAAUCUCCUGCAAAACUGGAAGCUCUUGUAAGGUUUAGAGUAUGUAUCUUCAUGGUACUUGGCAACCCUUGUAGUUAGUUUGUGGGGGACAAGGAAAAACUGACAACCUGGAAGGUGUCAAACAACUGAACUUUGGCUUAUCUUCUGUACAGUGUAAUUUUUUUUUUUUCUCUCGACAUGCAGAGGGGUGUGUGUCACUCUGUGACUGCUUAGAUAAACAAAUGACAAAGUAACAAACUUACCACAUCUGGUCUGCAUAAAAUUUUUCUGUAAACUUCUGCCAGGGAUGUAUAGGUGCUGUCUUAAUGUCAUUUGCCCGUUUCCAGAGUUGGGCACGGUGACUACAGUAGAACAUGGUACUUUCUGUAUUAGCACUGUCUGGUCUGAAACUGAGUAAAUAGAACUGUGAUUACCAAA